AAUUAUUCCAUGUUCUUCCACGGAAUUGUUCUUCCAGUCUUCGAAACCUAUUGCUGUGGGCAGAGAUAUCAGUUGUUUUAUACCAAACGUAGCUGAACUCUCUACCUGUGGAUUAUUGUUCAUCCGCCAGCGAUUUCCACCGCCCCAUGUUUCUUGAUCUCUAUAUAGUUCUCUGUUAUUUCUUCCCCUUUACUCAUCAAAUCCUUUCUUACUGAAAGCUUCCUGUUGGCUUAUAAUGGUGAGUUCUUUCUCACAGAAUUCCUCUGUUUCCUUUGGUUACUAAGCAUCCUUUCUCACAGGCGCAUGCCGAUGAUAACGUCGAAUAUGAAGAGAUUUGUACAGAGGAACGUAGAACCGAAAGCAUUGAUCUUUCUGUGCCAUGGCUAUGGCUCGGAGUGCAGCAUAUCCAUGAGAGACAUUGCAAUUCGAUUAGCGAAAGCAGGUUACGCAGUUCGUGGAGUAGACUAUGAAGGCCACGGCAAAUCGUCCGGAUUGCGAGGUUACAUCUCAAGCUUCGAUGAUCUCGUCAGCGACUGCUCUGACUACUUCAUGAGUGUAUGUGAGAGACGGGAGAACAAGAAGAAGCCGAGGUACCUUUUUGGGUUGUCCAUGGGGGGAGCAGUGGCUCUCCUCCUCCAUCUGAAGGCCCCAACCUAUUGGAGUGGUGCUGUUCUUGUGAGCCCCAUGUGCAAGAUCGAUGGGAAGAUGAAGCCGCAUCCUUUGGUGAUCAGCAUCCUGAAGAAGUUGUGUAGCAUCAUUCCGACAUGGAAGAUGAUUCCUGCAAAAGACAUGAUCGAUAUUGCCAUAAAAGAUCCUGAAAAGAGACAGGAGGUUCGAUCAAAUCCGUACAACUACAGAGGAAAUCUUCGUUUAGGAACCGGUCAUGAGCUUCUCAAGGUUAGCUUGGCCAUCGAGAGAAAUCUGCACCAGGUUACUCUGCCAUUCCUGGUGAUGCACGGCGGGGAUGAUAAGAUCUUCGAUCCAUCAUCAAGUGAAUUGCUAUACAAAUCAGCUUCCAGCACCGAUAAAACGUUUAAGGUGUACGAUGGCAUGUGGCAUGCGUUCACGUUUGGCGAGGCCCCAGAACGCGUGGAACUCGUCUUCUCCGACAUGGUGGCCUGGCUUGAACAGAGGACGAUGAAAACUGUAGUUGCACAAGAAGCUUCCUGUUGAUGCAUGAAGAAUGGCGGCGAUCUUGUUGAUCUUGAUGACUUCCAUGAGACCUCGUUCUGUGUUGUGUAGAGUUUUUCUUGUCAGUGUUGUUUCAAUUGUGAACUGCAGAUAAUGCAGGAUCUAAUAAUUAAAGCGUUGGUUUCUGCUUGCCA